ACUUGUUGUUAAUCAUCCCCUAAGAAAUGAUUCAUUUCAGAUAUUAUCAUCAAAAAUAGAUAAUAGAUGAAUGUGUUAAUUAAGUAUGACGGGAAACACAAGCUUCCAGCUUCCAGAGCAUUGCAAACAGCUGAUGGGAGAAAUAUCUCAAUUCUUCGUCUCUUCAGAUUACAAGGACCUUAAACUCAUUUUUAAAGAUGGCGAAGUAUUUACUCACGCUCUUGUUCUAUCCGCCAUGAGUCCGUUUAUUAGAAACCUUCUUGCUCAACCCGAUAUACAAGAAAGUCGAGGUGAAGGUUUGGAACCGUAUGUAAUCCAGUUUCCUGACGUAUAUAAACUAGAGAUGGAGUUUAUCCUGUCCCUGCUUUACUCCGGUACAACGAACAUAUACAAGGAUGAACUGGCGAGUAUUGUAUCUCUGACUAGUUUGCUCAAGAUGGUGAGUAUCCCUGUUGUUCUGACCGAGGAGACCUGGGAUACCCGGAGACAGAUCACCUCAACCUCGGUCAAUGUUUCCUCCUCCGCCAAGGCGAUUAUCAACUUUUUCCCUACCGGCGGCAAGAAAAGGCGGGGCCGGCCCGGUAAGUUUCUGAGCAGUCAGAAACAGGAAUCCGGAGAAACUGUGCUGAACACCCUGAUCGCAGAACCUGAACCUGAUCUUGCUCCGAGUCUAAGGUUUACUGGUGUAGAGAACCUAGAACCAGGAAACCAUUCAGAGGAUCCGCUUCAGGAUGGAAUAUGCAACAUGGAGAGCACUGAGGAAGCACCAAUCUACCUGGAAGCAUUCAAUGUUCCCGACAGUGAGGAUUUUGUUGAAGAAAUUCAAGUGUUUGUAUCCGGGAAUGGAGAAGUGGAGAGAAUGGAGAUAAUCGGAGAUACUGAACCUCAACCCGAGGAGAUAUAUGAUGAGAUGAGAGAAGAUUCUCCGGAGGAAAAUACAAAUAUAUUCACGGAGAUCUAUUCAGACCCGAUCCGGGUUGAGGAUCAGGAUAAAGAGCUGAGGAAAGAGAAGGAUUUUAACCUGACUCCAACAUCCAGCUCAGCUCUACCUGUAUCCCAUAUACAGACUCUGCCGGUCAAAUCAAUCUCGGCGGGAGGGAAGGUUAUCGCUGAGCUCGGAUCUCGUGGAUGUUUGUUAAGACAGGAAGGGGGCAGGGUGACUCUAAUCCAGACUGAGGAAGGAGAAGGGUUGGAUCGAUUAAUCUCUCUCGCGGACGCAUUUGAGAAGUCGCAACAACCCGACUUUAACGACAUCGCUAGCCCUGUUGUCGACGGGACGGAUACGGAGAGGCUUCUAGUCAAAACUUGUGUAUUAUGUGGUAAAGCCUUGUUAGGAAGAAAUGCACUGGGAAGACACAUGAAGAACGCUCAUCCGCCUGUGUUUGGUCCCUACGAGUGUCCCUGGACGGGUUGCGGAAAACCAGUUGAAUCCGGGUAUAAGAUGAUAUCUCACAUUGCGGCGCAUACUAACCUUUCCCAAUCCUCGGAGGAUAGUUGUUUCUGCCCAACCUGUAAUAUCCGUCUACCCUCGGCCGAUCUACUUGCAGCCCACUGUACCAAGUUGCAUGCCGGAGAAAAGUCAAGUAGUUACAAACCAACCUUUCUCUGCUCAGCCGAUGAUACGUCCUGCAAGGAGGUUUUCACCGCUGCGCGACAUUUCAUGAAUCACAUGAAAACUGUUCAUAAACUUAAACCUUGGAAGUGUGAGUUCUGUGAGAAGAGGUUUCAGGAUAAGCAGAACUAUCAGAACCAUGCACUGGUUCAUGAAGACCGAAGAAACUUUACCUGUGAUAUUUGCUCCAAGGUAUUUAACAAUCCUCGUCAACUUUACUCCCAUAGAUCUUUACAUCUGGGCAGACGAUUUCUCUGCCAGCAGUGCGGGUUCAAGGCCAGAUCAUCCUCAAAUCUCCGAGGUCACGUGAAAGCCAAGCACGAGGCCAAGGCUAUGGAGUGCAAGACCUGUUUUAAAAAGUUCAGUUCCAAUCAUAAUUUGAAAAAUCACGAGAGAGUGCACACUGGUGAAACACCGUUCAAAUGUGAAUUAUGUGACGUCAGUUUUAAACGAAGUCAUCAUCUUUACAGUCAUAUUGAAUCCAAGGCUCACGUUGAUCUGUUAGGGAAAUGUAAAAAAGACGGUUUGAAGGUUCCGGAUAAACUUGAUCCGAACCGGAGACAGCGAGGCAGAAUUGUCGUUGAGGACGGACCUGUUUCUCUCAUGUCUCAGCCGGAGUUUGAAACCCAUAUUUCGGAGCUCCGGGAGGAUUCUAAGCCCGGAGAUGGUUUGAUAGAACUGAAACACGAGGAGAACCAAGUUACCCAGGUUGUGGUGUUCCAGAACUGUGAGUUGGAACCCUACAUUAUUCAAGAACAAGCAGAGGAGAUCGUUUCUAGUUCUACACAUAGUAUCUAGUUUUACUAAUUUUUAGUUAUGGAGUAAUAGGAGUAUUGUUAACGUUAAAGUUCGCUUAAAUACUGCCUAACUGAUUUUCAACAGUACCCUUAAACCUUUAUAUACGACAUAAUGGCGUUACUCGUAGUUUUCAUCUUUGCUGUAGUUUCC